CCGCCAAGCCGAAAUUGCUUCAUUUGCUAUUCGCUAAAAACUACACCAUGGUCAAGCAGAAGAACCACACGGCCCGCAACCAGACCGUCAAGGCCCACAAGAACGGUAUCCGCAAGCCGCACAAGCACCGCUACCACUCGACGAAGGGCCUUGACCCCAAGUUCUUGCGCAACCAGCGUUUCGCCAAGAAGUACAACAAGAAGCACGUCGCCGCCAAGAAGGACGAGUAAAUUAACUCGACUACGACUGGACGCCUUUGACGCUGCGUCGUUGCGGCGGCGCGUCGACGACGGUAUGGUGUGUUGUUUAACACUCGGAACGAUAUUCUUGCUUGACCUACCUUGUCGACUUGACCGUUUUUUU